AUGGAGGCGUCACCGUCUGGUAUACCAAAGGCCCCGUCGCCACCUCCCAACCAAAUGCCUUCCAAGGAAAGAAGAAUGUCACAUUUCAAGGAGUACAAGUUCUUCAGGAGUUUUAGCGCGAAAAUCGAAAAUUGGCCUAUGAGAAAAGCUGAACAACUCUGGAGAAAAAUGAGGGAAAGGAAAAUAGCAGGACAUGAGGCAAACGGGACGCUUAAAGUUAUAUUUUUACCGCCGCCCAUGGACAUCUGUAAGGCCGGGAUACCAAGAGUUGGCGGCCUUUAUGGUCUUCUCUUGAAGGCUCGAAGUCGUAACGGUUUGCAAAUACCUGUAGCUGGUUUCAUAAAGUUGUGGUGCGCAGCAUGA